GGACUCAACAACAUCACAUUAUCUCAAAUGCGCUGAUAUUUUGGUCAAGGACUGCUUUGAUACAGUUCAAUUACUUGUAUGAGCAUACUACUCAUUUUCUAUCCAUGCAUAUUUUUCAAUCACAUUCACCAUGCCACUCGGAGAGAUGAUCGAUGACCCUACAAGCAACGACGAUUAUGUCGCACAGCUACUUGCUUCAGAGGCAAAGGACAAAUCGCUGAAAUAUUCUGCACUUGGACUUAAGGCCUACCUUCCUCGUCGACCGACCGACCGAGCUCCGAAGCCCAAUACGCGCUUUCUUAAAAAUAUUCUUAGAGAUACGGAUACCCAUAACGCGGCAUUGAGGCGUAAGGAAGAAGAAGAUGUGCGAGAACGCAUGCGCAAAUUGCGCGGGGAGCGGUCUCCCCCGUCACAUCGAGAUCGAUGCAGUGACAAGGAUAGGCGUUAUCGGGAUCGGUCACCUCAUCGCAGAGACAAGGAGCGCUCGUCGAGGAGAGAACACGUAGAUGCCUCUUCGGGUAGAGAACACAAGUCUCGAUCCGAACGACAUCGCCGACGGUACAAAGAUGACGAUGACAGCGAAUCGGACCGGAAUCGUCAAUCUUCCUCGAGAUCCCACCGACGUCGCGAUGAUGACCGACGCUCGAAAAGAUCGCGACAUAGAUCUUCCAGACACCAUCGGGACGAUAGAAGCGAGUCUCCUCGCCGAUCGUUGUCUCGAUCUAGAUCACCAGAUUCCAGAAGGCGCCGAGAUAGUUAUAAGGAUUACGAGCGGCGAGAAGAGCAUUCUACUGGUGACAAUAGUACGCUACCAAAUGCGCGCAGAGAUGCAUACAGUUUGGGAAGUGAAUCCGAUCCACUAGACGAUAUCGUCGGCCCAUUACCAGCUUCGGCACGUGAAAAAGCGUCAAGUAUCUCUACCCGCGGAAGAGGAUCCUAUCGCCAAAACACAAGCACAAUCGACUCACACUUUGCGCGCGACUACGAUCCCAAACUCGAUGUCGACAUAUCAGACAACGACGAAAUAUCUUCUUCGAAGCGAUUACGUCGACGUCCCGUUGCCGGCCUCAUGACCAAAGACGAAGAUGAAGAUUGGAAUAUGGCCUUGGAAGCACUCCGAGACCGAGCGAAUUGGCGACAGAAAGGUGAAGAGCGUCUACGUGCCGCAGGAUUUGAUGAAAGUACCGUUCAACGUUGGAAAGAAGAUCCGGCUUUCACGAAUGGCGGCGGCGUGAAGGGUGAUGAGGGACGGAUCGAGGAUGUGAAGUGGGCUAAGAAGGGUGAGGGGAGGGAGUGGGAUCGAGGGAAGGUCUUGAAUGAGCAUGGGCAUUACGACGUCAAGGCGGAGUGGUAGUCGGAUGCUCCUCUGAUGUAUAUUGUGCCUAUCGUACAUAUUCUUUAUUGAUACAUCAAAGAAGAUCAUCCGCCGCAUGCCACCACCACCCCAUGAAUAACCGAGUCAGUAGCAAUCUUAAAUGAUUCGGAUCAUAUGUCGAUCUCAGGUCCCGAAACAUUUUCAGACUGUACAUACACAAAUGAUAACCACAUUCAUCAUCCUCUUGCUGUCCUGCG